UCAAUUUGACACCAGUCACGUGAGUGCAAAAAAACAACAACACAUUUCAUUUUUAAAACAAACAACACAUAAGCCAUUUGGCUCUUUUUUAAAACGACUUUUUCAUACUUUUUGCAAAAAAACAACAAGACAUAAGCCAUUUGGCUCUUUUUUAAAACGACUUUUUCAUACUUUUUGCGCAGAAAUGUCACAGGUGUGCCCAGCAGGGGCCGCAGAAAGACUCUCAAUUGACUGAUAACACGGACGUGGACAAAUGAGACAACAAUGGACAAAGAGGAAAUACGAAGCCUGAAGAUUUUGCGUCCUCGAUAUGGCACGUCAGUGAUGUUGUCCUGUGCCGUUGCAGUGGUCGUCUCCCGACCCACAGGUGGCUGGAGGGUUCCAUCCUCGGCCAUUGUGGACCACCGCUUGCUUGUGACGCUGCGUCAACAGGAAGCACGUCGAGGGCCUUGACAGCUGCUACGCAACUCAGCGGCCCUUUGUGUGGAAAUGUGUGUGUGUCUUGUGGAUAUCACUCGGCGUGUUUAUGUGUGUGUGGAGAGAGCGAGCGCAAGGGAGGGGUGGAGAGAGAGAGAGAGCGAGCGAGCGGGUGAGUGGCACUCAGUCGUGAGAGGGGCAGACGAGAGAAGGGGGUCCCCAGGAAUCCCUGGAAAUGCUGCUUGCCUCCCGGGAGUGAGCGUUCCGAGGCGCGUUCAUGCCGCACCGAGGAGGCGCCAAGUAGUUUGCACGCACGCAAGAAGCCGCCACAAUGUGAUUUUUUUUCUUUUUCUUUUUCCUUCUUCUUCUCCCUGGCCGUCGUGUUUUUGCAGACAUCUGCCGAUCGGGGCUGCGGUGUUGCACCAGCUGACUCUGUCAUCGAAUAGACUCUGCGGCGGGCGAGAAAUCAUGCAGCGCUGAAGUGGCAGCCCCGGAGGGAGGGAGGUAAGGCGGGAGAGCAUCCAAAGGAGGAUUUUUCGCCGCGCCGCGCCGGGGCUGCAUGAGGAUCGUGGCCCGGCGCUCGGCUCGCUCCCCUCGACGCAGAGAUGCCGGUGCGCGCUGUGACCACCAGGUUCAUGUACAAGGGGCUUUGCACCAUCCCGGAUGUUCUCACCUACCGGACCCCCGUCAUUCUCCCCGAGGAUGAGCUGGAGGAAAUCCGAGAAGCGUUCAAAGUGUUUGACCGCGACGGCAACGGCUUCAUCUCCAAACAGGAGCUGGGCAUGGCCAUGCGUUCCCUGGGCUACAUGCCCAACGAGGUGGAGCUGGAGGUCAUCAUCCAGAGACUGGACAUGGACGGUGACGGUCAGGUGGACUUUGACGAGUUUGUCACCUUGCUGGGUCCCAAACUGUCCGCGGCCGGGAUGCCCAACAAGUUUCACGGAGCGGAUUUCGAUUCUGUCUUUUGGAAGUGCGACAUGCAGAAGCUGACGGUGGACGAGCUCAAGCGUCUCCUGUACGACACCUUCCGGGACCACCUCACCAUGAAGGACAUCGAGAACAUCAUCAUGACCGAAGAAAACCAUCUCAACAGCCCCGAGUCCCACGUGGACAUUGACACGAGCCCAACGCAACAGGAGAAGCACACGUGUGUGCGCAAGAGCCUGAUCUGUGCCUUCGCCAUCGCCUUCAUCAUCAGCGUCAUGCUCAUCGCCGCCAACCAGAUGCUGCGCCGGGGAAUGAAGUAACGCCCGCCCGCCCGUUGAAAUGUUUCAUUUACGCUGGAUGGUUCGGAAUCCAACUGAGCUGAAGCGAUUUAGAAAGCAUUCACGAGCCCGAUCGGAAUUCUCAUCUUCUUUCUCGUCUCGCCAAAGAGACGCGCUGCCGACGUAACUGUGCCGCUUGUCGUAAGGUGCCGCCGCCAUCCGAACAAAAGGAGGCGGGGCCUCACAAGAAAUUUGCAGCAAACUGUGACAUAAUUGCUCUUCCUUGCCAUCGCUUUGAUUUGGAUCGUCGUGAGGGAAGACUGACAAAUAUUGUGUGUGUGUGUGCAAAGUACUACUCAAUUCAAAAAGUGUGCAAUAUCAUCGACGUGGAUUGUAUGCAACGUGUGUGCGUGGAAUUAUGCAACAAUGCGCGAGUCAACUUUGAUGUCGGGAUCGUUUCUCCGUGACGGUCACUUGAAGUCGUCCACACGAAUCAAUUGACAUAUCAUGAGAAAAGUGAGUUCACGUAUGCAUUCCGCUUAUAUUUUCUUACUGGAGAAGGUCAGGCGCUCGCUCCGAGGCGGAUGAUUUUAUAACAAAAAGACCAAAAAAAGAAAAAAAAAAGAAACACAAUUGUUAGCAAAAGCGUAUUUGUGCCGCUAA